AUGAGGCUGAAAACACUCAAUGGCGCGCCUUUGCGCGCAAACCUUGACUUCAGCCCUCAAGCGCUGCUUGACCCUGAAGCAGCAAUAAAACUCAUCCAUCACGAUGCUCUAUGUCCAAGACUAGUCCAAGAUGCACCCCUCAAGUGGCGGUACGUGGUGCCCAAGGAGCUGCGACUGCAGUCGGAUUGGUCGCAUCCGUACCUACCGAAUGGUGCCCUUCAUGGGGACGAUACAACGCUUUCUUUCUUGGUGCCGGGCGUCGGAGCCUCAUUUGAUGCGAUUCCAGAAGAUACGACAAACCUGGACACGAUCGUGACUGUCGACGAGGCGCCUAUCGAUGACAGCGACUUUGUACACCAAUCGCUGAUUUUCCAUGAUACGCUUCUGUCUUCGCAGAUUGCUCCAGGAGGUCUCGCAGAUGGCACAACAACCUCCCAGUCGUUCGUAGGUACUUCAUUUGACAGUAGCACGAGCACCGACAUGGACAGCUUGCAACAGUCGAACACGGAAGGACGAAUUUUGCAAGUUCCCAUCACGCUGAGGCUCACUGCAUUGGGUGCUUUGCCCAGUGCGGCACAUCUGCGGCGUAUAUAUCCACAGACACCUACUCCUAAUAUCCUGUGUGUCCUCGCUGCGCCACCAGAGGACAGAGAGGUAUUUGUCAAGAAAGGUGGUUACAGAAUGCAACUCCGCGAACUCAUUGUUGCCGACGAUACCAGAAGCGGGUUCAAAGUCACCAUUUGGCAGAAGCCUUCGAAAGGUGGCAACUUUCAACAUACGCUCGGUCAUAUUCUACAGCGUGUGAAAGCUGGAGACAUUCUUCUGCUACGAAACAUAGCCCUCAACGCCUUUCGCGACGACGUUUACGGUCAAUCGCUGAACCCUUCUAUUGCCCGCGUUCAAACGUCGAUUGAGAUUCUCAUGAGUGGAGGUGGCAUCUCUAGUCGUCAACUGGGCGCUCUUCCUGCACCUGUAGUUACGGCCUUCAUGAGAGUGAAGAAAUGGGCCACUGCACAUGUUGCAUCUGAUAUGCCUGGCCACAAGAGACGGAAAGACGAAUCGCAACGAUCCAGCAGAUCUGCUAAGCGGUCCUUCAGAAGAUCUAACGCGCACGACGAGACGUUACCGCCAGACACGAUGGAGCCUAUUUGA